AGAAUGCCUACAUAAGAUGGAAAUUAGUAUGCCUGAAACCAAGCUUAUGAAUGAACUUUUGAGCGUGACAGUACUACUUACUCCGAACACCAAAUUUAUCUUUCCAAUGAACAUAUCUCCACUUGUAGACUCCCUCUUAACCCUCUUGCUUCAAUGGUUGUUCUGUCUUCACCACUCAGGUGUGUGGCAGGUUUUGGUAGUUUGGAUGUGGCAUGUACAUGUACUCCGAUGGGAUUGUGAGCAAGGUGCAUGUGGAGAGACUUGGUUGCUGAUAUGGAUAGUAAACCGGAGGACAAGUUAACCGGAAACUAUUCAACCAAACAUUAAAAAGGGUUUAGAACUUUAUAGUAAAAUAAAAUAAAAGACUUAUUCAUUAUACAAAAAUAAAAUAAAUUGUAUUGACCUCAUUUUAGUAAGGGCGAGUCGGAAAGAUAAAACCGCAGUUGUAUGUUAUCCAGAAUCAAAGGCUCCCCGAUAAAAUUUCUUACCAACUUCAAUUAUAUAAUGAACUCUGUAACAGCGUUAAAAAAAGAGUGGAAGUUAACCCCAAAACAUUUUCUCAGGAAAUCGAAAAAUAGGAGUUUUAAGAAAAUGCAAUUCUCUUACGAUUUAGACAGCGUAGUAGUAGUCUGUCUUGUCCAGUGGCGAAUAUUCCACCUCCAUUUUUGUUAUCCAAGCAAUGUGCAAAAUACAGAAUUUUCACCAAAAUUAAAUGUUAACACAAAAAUCAAGAUUUUUUUUUUGAUAUUGCCAAAUUAAUUAGAAAAAAGUUUGAAAGUUUAAAAAUUAAGUGUUAACACAAAAAAGGAAAACCUCAAGAGAAAUUUGGUGUUGAUAAACUAAUGAGAAGACUAAUUAAGCAUAAAUGUGUACACAAAACAAACAAUAUUAUCUCUAACGAUCAAUUAACAAAUUGACAGGAAACAUGUUUGAUUAUUUUUCACAUUAUGCAAUUAGCCUCCAUAAUUAAUUAUAAAAAUACAGAAUUUUCACUCAAAAAACUGAAAAUAAAUUUGGUAUUAAUCAAUUAAUUAGAAAACUAACAUAUUACAAUGAAAUUGAAAGCUGCUGAUGGCUUGAACUAGCUAAGGCUAAUAGUGCCCGAGUAUUGACAUUAUUAUUAGUUAAGACGUUGAAUGGUGUUUCGUGUUAUCCUCUAGAUAUUACCUCUCAAAAUUAUAGUGUAGACUUCUCUAGUUAAUUAAUAACAUAAGCCAUACGAAACACAAUUACGCUACGCAUCAUGAUUAUAAUAUGCGAACGCACUACAAAACGAAAAUUAUAAGUUUGAUGUAUCAUAUUAAUUAUCAUCAUAGUCUAAUGACCCUCGUAAAUAAAUCAUAUGCGAAAUUCUUUUUUUUUUAUAAAAUUAUAUCAAAAAGCAUUUUUCCGCAUACCGUAUGCAAUCUUUGUUCUUCACAUUCUCCCUUUGUUGAAUUCGUGACAAAUGAAGAAGCUUUCAACACUUAAAACAAAAUGCAAAUGGCUCGUUCUGCUUCCAAGCAUAUGGACAAAAGAAAAGCGAAAAAAACUUAUUUAUUUGAAAGAUAGCUGAGUAAGCCCCUAUUGACCAUCAUCAUGGUUAAAACUUUGCUCUGUACUAGUUUCUUUUACUGUUAAUUUGGUUGUAACUUAAACAGAGAAAGACGAAAAAAAAACUGAUUUAAUAUAUGAGAAAUUAGGUCACAUAACCUAAAAAAUAACCUCGUACGGACGGUGGAGAAAGCUAGAUCCAGUUUUUUCCGGCGACUUUUUUUUUUCACUUUUCUUCUGCUGUGUCUCACUUUCCACCGAGGAUAUCAACAUCCUACCCUUCUCAAGAGUGACAAACAAGUUAAGGACCUGCAAAAAUGGAAAUACACUCUGUAUGGAAGGUUUUUAAAACUCUUACCUCAGAUGUGUCCAUUCUGCAUCCAAGGCUUUGCAUCUAACUCCCUCUAGCACCAGGAGAUAAGCUCAAGUCCCACAAUUCCCUUUGUCUCUUGUCUUCCUUUGGUAGGUCCUAACUCCUACAAAGGAAGAGUUUAACGGCGUUUUUAAAGCUCUGUCCAAGGCAUUUCUCCUCGUAUUAACCCACAUCUAUAGACGCUUCACACAUUACUGUACGUACCUGUGAAAUGUCUCAAACUCUGGAAAGCUCGGAAAAGAACAAGCAAUUGCUUGAAGAAGAUGAAGUGGUCAUCUUACCUGACGUAGACAACUCUGAGCUGAUAGCUCGCUACAACCUUAGUUUGGUCGGUAGGAUUUUCAACAAAGAGAGACGCAAUGUGGAAGCUCUGAUAGCUCUCCUCCCUAGGCACAGCAUAUGGGAUGUGGAAGGUCGUGCUCGUGGUGUAGACCUUGGAAACCAUCGAUUCCAAUUUGAUUUCGACUCAGAAGCUGACCUUCUAAAGGUUCUAGGUAAGCGUCCCUGCCACUUCAACAAGUGGUCGUUUGCCCUCGAGAGAUGGGCUCCUCAUGUUGGUGACUCAUUCCCAAACACCAUUACCUUUUGGGUUUGUGCGACGGGGAUACCAACCCACUAUUGGAUGGAUCCGAUUUUCCGUACUUUGGAAAAAAGACUUGGACUUGUUGGAAAGAUUGAUGCGAAAGCGGCAAAGUUUCAAGUCGAGAUCAAUGGAGACCAACCACUAAAAUUUUCUCUUCGUGCUCAAAUCCCCUCAGGAGAAAUUGUCCCAGUCUCUUUUGAAUAUGUAAACCUUUUCCGAUGGUGCCACAACUGCCAUCUCAUCUCCCAUGAAGCUGAAAACUGCCAGAAGAAAGAAAACAGAGAUUGUUGGCUAAAGAAGCAAGUAGAGAGCAGAGUGGUUUCAUCAGGAAGGAAGACAUAAGAUAUGGAGAAUUUUCAAAACGUUUUACCACUGAUGGGAAGACAGCAAACCCUCAAGACAACCGAGUGGGUGAGAGAUCUCAAAGAGACAACAUGGACAGCGUGUGGAAGCGCAUUGACUCCCGUUAUGCUCCGAGAGAUGACUACCGUCGAGAACCCCGUCAAGCACCCCGUGUUCUUGAAAAAUUGCAGAAACCUACAAAUGUCUACAAUAAAAGGAGAUAUGAAGAAUCUUUUGCUUCAAGCAAACUCAGAGAGGCAGACAAAAAAAUAACCUAAAAAAUAACCCAAAUUAAUAAACUAACCAAAUUCCUCCUCUCCCUCUUCCUUUCUCUUCAUAUCUCUCUCUACCCUCUUUUUACAAAACUAAUUAUAGAUUUUUUUUGGUUAUUUGACAAACUCUCCCUUAAUAUAUUUAGAUUUUUGUUUUUAAUUUUUUUUGUGCUUUAUGGUUUUUUAUUUUUUUCGAACGUCUUUACCUUUUUUUUGUUAAGUUUUAAUUAUUAUUAAUUUAAAAAUUAUUUUUCGAAUUUAAAAUAAAAUAUAAAUUACUGAAGUUAACUCUCCUAUAAAUUAGUGGUGUUAAAUGAAUACAGUUUAAAAAAUUAAUCUAAUGUUUUGGAAAAAUAAGUGUAUUAAAUUGAUAAUAAAACCAAAAUUUUUUGUAUAAAUAUGAAGUUUUCUUAAUUUUUUUUAAAGUGAUAAAUGUCAAAAUUGAUAUGCUGAGGUGGACGCUUUAGAUGGAAAAAACACUCUUUAGUUAUAUAAUAGAUAGAUAGAUUGUUGAUAUUUUCAGUUAGAUAAAAUUAGAAAUAGUCUUAUAUAUCGUCGUGAGUUUUUUUUUUAUAAUUUAAUAUGUAACAUUUCAUAUAUAAAUUUAAAGUAAGUUUUUUUUUCUUUAGAAUUUUCAUUUAUUUAUGUUUAUAUUUGCACAUAUAUAUUUUUAUUAUUAAUAAAUAAACAUAUAUUUUGCUAUAAAUGCAAAUAUUUUACUAAAAAUAAAUGUUAUCUCACAUUCUUAACUAUAGUAUUUCAAAACCUUUAAAAAUAUAUUUCAUGAAUUCAAUAAAAUUCUAAGAUUAAUAAAUAAAUAUAAAAUAAAAAAACAUAAAAGAUGUAUAUAUAUUAAGUUAUAAGUUUAAAAUUAACAUAAAUUAAAAAUCAUUAAAUUAGUAACAAAAUAACAGAGAAAAAUGUAGAAAAAGAUUUAUAAAAUUUUGAGGAUGCAUGAAAAACUCUUAAAAGCUUCUCUUGAGAGGAUCCUAGUUUCUUAACUUUAACAUCUCAAAAAUAUUAAAAAUUAUGUUUUAUGGAUUAUCUUUUUCUCUUUCAAAUAAAUUUUAAUUUGAUUAUUUAAAAAGGAUAUUUUUUAUUGUUUCCUUUUUGAAAUUAAUAAAAAAAUUUAAGUCAUUGCAUUCAAAUAGAAAAAAAGAACAUUAAAGUUUGAAAGAACGCAUGACACCUUAUCAAAAUAUCUCUUGAAGAAACCUUAUUUUAUUAUAUAAGAUUAGUCUAGAUGGUGCUUGGUACAAGGGGCGGAGAUAUAAAAUUUUUUUAUGGGAGGCAUUGGUGUAAAUAUAUAGGAGUAGAAUAACAUAAUGGAAGUUGUUUAUAAAAUUAUACAUGUAAUUUUGAAAAGUCACCAGGGGCAACUGCCCUCCACUUAGUCUAUGUGGCUCCGCCACUGUUGGUACUACUAGUAAACCUACUUGGAGCAUAGAUGGGAUAAGACUAAUCCAAAAUUCAGCUUCUUUAACUUGUCACGAGUUAGUCAGAACGCACCAAAUCCGAAGAUAAGUGGUUCAACGAACUCGAACAGGAUCAACCUUUGACCCAAGUGGGGUAGCAGAGAAGUGUUUCGACCCAAGACUCAUGACCAUUAAACAAAAAAGUGUCAUUACUUUUUCUUGUAUCAAAUUAAAUUAGCAUGACUGUUAACAUGAUAAUAGAUCCAUGUUCUCAUUUAGUACGGUUUCGGUGAAAGGAAAUAAGAAUCAUUACUAGAUUUUGACCCCUGUUUUUGAGAUUAUUUUUUUCACAAAAUCUUCAUUUAAUAAAUGAAAGAUCUUUAUUUUAUUUUUUUCUGAUUUCUUAAAUUUUUUCUAAUAAAUUUAUUUAUGAUUUUGAAAGUAUGAUAUGUUAAUAAUUUUAUUUAAUAUAGAUAUAUCAUAUAAUUUACUAAAUUUUGACCCGUUAGUGAACCGUAUUUUUUAGAUUUUAACCCGCAUUAUAAUGUAAAAUCACAAUUUUAUAAUAAUUUAUGAUAUUUUAUAAAUAUAUUUAUAACAUAUACAAAAUAUAAAUAUUUUAAUAUUAUAUGAAUGAUGUGAUUCUUUAAUUUUAUACAAAAAUAAGAUGAAAAUAAAAUGAUAAAAAUAUAAUAACUAAAAAAUGAUUAAUGAUAAAUAAGUAAAAUUAUUUUUGGCAACUAAAAUCUGAAUAAUCAUAUGUGUAUAGGUGAUAUAACUUGUUAUGAUCUAUUUUAUAAAAGUUUAUAUUGGCUAAACUAUUUACUUUGUAUUUUUCUUAUUUUAUUUUGUUUCCCAAUCUUGUUUGUUAUACAAUUUAUAUGUUAAAAGAAGAUUUGUUUGUUGAAGAACAUUUUUUUUGGGAUUUUCUACUUUAUACUUUUUUUUUGUGCUAAACUUUUUAUUUUCCUUAGAUUUAAAAUUAAUCUAAUCUUAUUUAAUACACAAUUAUAUAAGGAAAUUUUAAUAUAACUUUUGGAAUCCUAAUAAAAAAAUAUCAGAUUUGUAUUUUUGAAAAUAUCUAAUAAAUCAAUUUUUUCUUCUAAAUUCGAUCUUUUAUUUAUUUGAAAAAAAUGUCAUCUCAAAUCUCUUUGUAAAUUUUCAAUGACUAAAUUACACACAGUGACAAGAUUAUUAUUUAAGUGUGAUUCCGUUUUAAUAAUAUAGAUUACCCCAAAAAUUAUAUUAUUAUUUGGCACGUGAUUUUGGGACUCUCAAAUUUAAAAAGUUUAUACUAUUAUUUGUUUUUAGCCUUUUAGGAAAAUACUAUUUGCCAAAUUUUGCCAAAUUAAAUUUGUAUACAGAAAUCAAAAAAUUAUUUACUUAUCUUUUGCCGUUUGUCUAAAAAUUGUCUAAUUAUUUUCAUUAAAUCAAAACGAUUGUAUAAUACUCCCCCAACCCAAACGACUAAUUUAAAGAGAACUAGAUUUGCGCGGGUGUUUAUUUUCAUUUAUUUUUAUAGAAAUAUUUUAUUUUUAAUUCUACAUUGGUAUAUAUUAGUAUAAUAUAUAUGAGGUGUGUCUAUCAUUUUUUAAAACAUAAUAAUUUUAUUAUAUAUAUAUUUUUAUUGAAUUGGUUGUUUUUAGAUCACGUUUUUAGCUUGGAAAAUAUUGAUAAUUAUUUAAUUCCUACAAUGUAGUAGACAUAUUAUUUAGUUCCUAUAAUCUAGAAAGUAGGUUAUUUAGAUCUAUAAUAAUGUAAGAUUAUAAAUUAAAUAUAACAUGACUUUCUAGUAAUAGGUCCAUUAGGUCCAUCUUUUUAAAAAUCACACAUGAGUCAAAGUUGUGACUUCUCUUUAUUUUUAAUAUAUAAGAUACGUGAAAGAGGGACGAAGAUAAUUAACAAGUUAGGGUUGGGUCGCCGCUGAUGGAUAUACGAGAAGAAGAAACGGGAGAUGGGGAGAGAAGAAUACAAUCCAAAGAAGACGGUAAGUUUUCCGAGCUGACUCUUGAUCUGACUCUUGAGAUACUCUUGAGACUGCCCGCUAAAUCUGCCGUAAGGUUCCGUUGCGUCUCGAAGCUAUGGUCGUCCAUCACUACUCGUCCAGAAUUCAUCAGAUCGUUCGCGAUCCAGUCUUCAAAACAGCCGUGUCUUCUUGCCUGCGUCGAUGCAAGCUUAAGCGGCAAGCGCUUAUUUAUCUCUCUGCCCCAACAUGUGCAUCCGGAUGAAUCUGACUACUCUUAUGUGGACCGUUUGGAACACUGUGAGGUAAAUGCUCUUGUUGAUGACGAACCGAUGUCCGAAUCUGUCCACGGCUUGGUAUGUUUCGGGAAUUUUAACAGGAUAGUAGUUUGGAAUCCUUCGAUGAGACAACAUGUUACCUUACCCGAACUCGAACCCAGGGUCAGGUAUAUACGUAGCUGUUUAGGAUACGAUCCAGUCAGCGAUAAGUAUAAAGUAUUGUGCAUCUCAGGCAAAAGAUGCCAAGAUCCUCUUGUUUUCACAUUGGGACCUCAAGAAUCAUGGAGAGUGACCCAAAAUAGCCCUAGACACUUCCCUACAAACACCAUGGGACGAAUAGGUAUAUGCAUCAACGGGCAUGUGUAUUAUCAAGCAACAAUACCUUAUAAAGUGGAUAACAGUUACCAAGAGGAAAAAUUACUUAUGAGCUUCGAUGUGAGGUACGAAAAGUUCAGCACAAUAGAAAAACCAGCUGAUCCUACACUUCGCAACUUUUUGCUCAACUAUGAAGGAAAAAUAGCAUGGGGUUGCACCAGCUUCUCUUCUAUAAGGUUUUGGGUUUGGGGGGAGGGGGAGAAACAAGAAUGGUCGCUUAGAAACUUUAUUUUGCCUUUUCCAGGCUUUCGUCAAAGGGACCCGGUCUUUGAAUGUUUACUGGAGCUGAAGGGUAUUACUCAUGAUACUGGUGAGUUCAUUUUUGCAACGAUGCAUGAUGCAUUUUAUGUUCUAUAUUAUGAUCCAAAGAGAGAGCGUGCAAAGUGGAUCGAAUAUGAAGGCAUUGGAGACCAAGAAUUCUGGAUUCGUAAUGGAAUUUUACGUGGCACCUAUUACAGUGUCGAUUGGUUUCCCAAUCACAGUGAGAGUCUCAUGUCUUUGGAUAACGUCCCUGGCCUACAUGGAGUCUUGGGCCGGUCGGGUCACCCCGGUUAAAUUAAAAGUUAGCAUUUGGACUUAGUAACGCCUUCUAUUAUUGAAAUUUUGGUUGAAAGUUAAAUUGUUUUCCCUUCCAGUUCACGUUAGAUGCUUUCCAGUGACCCCUUUUCUCAUUUUUUUUUUAUUUUAAUAAUUUUUGCAAAGACUAAAUAAUGGAUCAUGGAUCAUGGAUCAUGGAUCAUACAAAGAUCAGUGUAAUUCUGUCUAAGGUUCAAACGCCUAUCCUCUGCAACAUCCUUAUGAAAAACGUGUCUUGCCAACACGAUAUAGAGAGGGAACAGGUUUUGAGUUUGUACCCCAGCAUCUUCUCUGAAAGGAACACAAUCAUGUAUAUUUUUCAACGCAAUAAGAUAUUGAAAUCCACCAACGGGCAAAGUCUCAAAAAACUUAGAAAGCAUCUAGGUGUCGAAGAAGAUUUCAAUGGUCAAGAACUUAGUUUGAAAUGCUUAAUUAUACAAAAUCCCCAUUGUUGUCCGUAUAACACUACAAGAGAAAAGCCUCGACUCCGAAAAUGGUUUCCGAGAGUGUGAGUUAUCAGAAAUUUGCUUUGUCUUUGUGUACCGAGACAUUAUGAAUUUCAUGGGAAACUUCUCAGAAAUUUUCGAUGAUCAAUAUUCGUGAAAAUUUUAUCGGAAUAAAUCGGGACUUGUCGGAACUAAAACAACUUCCGAGAGUUUUCUUUUGUCGAAAUUUGUUUGUACUUAGUUGGAGAGUUAUAUGUUCCAACAACAGAUAAAUUGUCGGUACAAUUUGUAGGAAACUCAACAGAAAAUAAUCCAGACUUUUCUCGAAAUGACAUGUUAGCUUCGAACGAGAUAAUGAUGGAUUGAAUCGUGGUGUUACCAUCGGUAUUCUCUUGAGAAUUACCAAUAUCAAUGACAAGACCUCAAAAACUUGUCAAACGAGUUGCCGAGAACACGUGUUAGCAUUGUAAUAGUUUUCUAGAAGAGAUCGACGAUGACCAAUGUCAGUAAUUUUCUGUAUAUAAUUUUGUUUCCAAAGGAAAAGCGAUUAAACUAGUUGUGGGAACAUACUUCUAUAUUAAAACGUUUUCACCAUUCUCAUCUAAUCUCUUUCCAAAGGGUUUUCACCCACUUCUAUCCAAUCUCUUCAGUAGACGAAAGUAUUAAUACCUUAACUUGUUUCUUUUUAAAUUUCAUUAUGCUUUCUAUUCUUAUAAUAUAAUGGUUGUAUAUCGUUAGUUAUGGAGAUAUGGUAGUAUUUUUUGCUAGAUCUGGUGGGUAUUUUCCUGUUCAUUGAGGGAGGAACGCGGUGGCUCUCGUUUUUGGUCAAAGCAUCUCACGGUGUCUCGAUGGCGGUGAUGGAUGGGUUGCCUUGCCCACUUUCGUGUGUUCUCAGCCGCUGCGAAUUCUUCUUCUGAGUCAGAUUGUAGGCGGCUAGCUAGUUCUUGAUGGUGUCUUGGUGGCCCACUCUCAGAAUUCGAAGAUUGAGAAUGUCUUCUUCAAGAAGUUUGGUAGGACUGUGAUAAUCUGUUCUUUAAUCUGAUAAAGUUGUUUGUAAACCAUUUUCGGUUAAGAUUGGUUUAAACAUAUUAAUUAAUAUAUUUCCUUUGUUUCACAAAAAAUGUCGUUUUGGAAGUAUGUACAUAGAUUAAUAUUUAAUUUGCUAGUUUUCCAAAAAAAAUAUAUCAUUAACUACCUACCUAAACCGAAUUCAACCAAUGAUAAAAUAAACUACAAAAUAUAAAUAAUUAUAAAACAUAAAAAAUCACUAAAUUUUGCAUUGAAAAUUGAAAACGACACUCAUUGUGAAACAAAAUAAACGUCUAAACGACACUCUUUGUGAAACGGAUGGAGUAUUAUUUUAAAACUAUAUUAUUGUAUUCUUGUCACAUGUAAUAAUAUAAUUAUUUAGUAUGAGCCCAUGUAACAACUCUGUUCCGCCUCUCGAAUGCGAUUUUAUAUUUUUUUUUUCUUUAAAGAAAAUUUCUAAUCGUUGAAAAUUUAUCAGAAUUUUACGAGAAUUUACCGAGAACUUUAUUUAUGCAUCUUUGUAAUUCCUUGGAAACUUGCUAUAAGUUCCCGAUGUAAUCUUCCAAAAAUUUCCCAAUAGCUGUCAUAGUUGGUAAUAGUGUUUUCUUCCGACGACCAUUCCCGAAGAUACCCCGAAAGAAAUUUUCUAUCAGAAAAAUCCCACAAAAUCACGAUAACUAAUGUUUUCCGAGACUCAAAUGCCGACCACUUGUUGAUUGUCGGAAAUGUGUCGACGAUCAAAGCUUUCGACGAAUUCUCGAGUUAUUGUGCCGUCGGCAUUGAGACUUUAAUUUUUGUAGUGUAAUAAUUCUCAUCACAUGAUAAUAACAUUGUAAUCCAAUUUAAAAGUUAAAAAAUGAAAAAUGAUUAAUUCAACGAAAAUCAUUGAUAAAUGCAAGAGAUCAAAAAUGACCUGAGAGAGUACUUGCUCUUCCUAUAAGCAUAUUAAGGAAAAAUGAGAUCUUGGAGAAAUGAGAUAUUGGAGAGAUCGAGUUAAAUAUGGAAAAUUGAUAUUUGCACUAUAUUUACAUAGUGCUAAAUAAGUAGAUUUACCAUGAUUAAUUAUGUAAAAAACUUGGUGAGCAAGUUAAAUACUUUGUAUAAAUAAACCUAAAGACUAGUGAACAAAACUGAGAGAAACUAUUUUACUUCUAUAGUUUCCUCCAAAUUUGUCAAGGCAGUUAACAGAGAAAAUAUAUCAAGAUCGCAUGAUCGUUAGCUAUGAAGAGAAAAUGUCGUCGAAAACAGAACUGAUUGAAGCAAUUAUACCAAAAACAAUAUGGUUUACCAAUGAGCAUGAUCUCAUGUUCUAGCUUAAUGGUGAUUCCAUAUCAGUCCACUGUAGGAUUCAGUUAGAAGCCAUAAGAGAAACGACUAAUAGCAUAUAAUCAUACGUGUAUAUAAUUGAUUUUGACUGAAGUAGAUUCUUUAGGGGAAAGUCGGUGUUCUCAUAGCCAUGAGAUGAUUUUGAUUGUUGAAAAAUACAAUAUGUGGUGUUAUCCUUAUUUAUGUAGUGUAAUAAUUCUCAUCACAUGAUAAUAACAUUGUAAUCCAAUUUAAAAGUUGAAAAAUAAAAAAUGAUUUAUUCAACGAAAAUCAUUGAUAAAUGCAAGAGAACAAAAAUGAUCUGAGAGAGUACUUGCUAUUCCUAUAAGCAUAUUAAGGAAAAAUGAGAUCUUGGAGAAAUGAGAUCUUGGAGAGAUCGAGUUAAAUAUGGAAAAUUGAUAUUUGCACUAUAUUUACAUAGUGCUAAAUAAGUAGAUUUACCAUGAUUAAUUAUGUAAAAAACUUGGUGAACAAGUUAAAUACUUUGUAUAAAUAAACCUAAAGACUAGUGAACAAAACUGAGAGAAACUAUAUUACUUCUAUAGUUUUCUCCAAAUUUGUCAAGGCAGUUAACAGAGAAAAGAUAUCAGGAUCGCAUGAUCGUUAGCUAUGAAGAGAAAAUGUCGUCGAAAACAGAACUGAUUGAAACAAUUAUACCAAAAACAAUAUGGUUUACCAAUGAGCAUGAUCUCGUGUUCUAGCUUAAUGGUGAUUCCAUAUCAGUCCACUGUAGGAUUCAGUUAGAAGCCAUAAGAGGAACGACUAAUAGCAUAUAAUCAUACGUGUAUAUAAUUGAUUUUGACUGAAAUGGAUUCUUUAGGGGAAGGUCGGUGUUCUCAUAGCCAUGAGAUAAUUUUGAUUGUUGAAAAAUACAAUAUGUGAUGUUAUCCUUAUUUAUGUAGUGUAAUAAUUCUCAUCACAUGAUAAUAACAUUGUAAUCCAAUUUAAAAGUUGAAAAAUGAAAAUGAUUAAUUCAACAAAAAUCAUUGAUAAAUGCAAGAAAACAAAAAUGACCUGAGAGAGUACUUGCUCUUCCUAUAAGCAUAUUAAGGAAAAAUGAGAUCUUGGAGAAAUGAGAUCUUGGAGAGAUCGAGUUAAAUAUGGAAAAUUGAUAUUUGCACUAUAUUUACAUAGUGCUAAAUAAGUAGAUUUACCAUGAUUAAUUAUGUAAAAAACUUGGUGAAUAAGUUAAAUACUUUGUAUAAAUAAACCUAAAGACUAGUGAACAAAACUGAGAGAUACUAUUUUACUUCUAUAGUUUCUUCCAAAUUUGUCAAGGCAGUUAACAGAGAAAAGAUAUCAGGAAUUGCAUAAUCGUUAGCUAUGAAGAAAAAAUGUCAUCGAAAACAGAACUGAUUGAAGCAAUUAUACCAAAAACAAUAUGGUUUACCAAUGAGUAUGAUCUCAUGUUCUAGCUUAAUGGUGAUUCCAUAUCAGUCCACUGUAGGAUUCAGUUAGAAGCCAUAAGAGGAACGACUAAUAUCAUAUAAUCAUACGUGUAUAUAAUUGAUUUUGACUGAAGUGGAUUCUUUAGGAGAAGGUCGGUGUUCUCAUAGCCAUGAGAUGAUUUUGAUUGUUGAAAAAUACAAUAUGUGGUGUUAUCCUUAUUUAUGUAGUGUAAUAAUUCUCAUCACAUGAUAAUAACAUUGUAAUCCAAUUUAAAAGUUGAAAAAUGAAAAAUGAUUUAUUCAACGAAAAUCAUUGAUAAAUGCAAGAGAACAAAAAUGAUCUGAGAGAGUACUUGCUCUUCCUAUAAGCAUAUUAAGGAAAAAUGAGAUCUUGGAGAGAUCGAGUUAAAUAUGGAAAAUUGAUAUUUGCACUAUAUUUACAUAGUGCUAAAUAAGUAGAUUUACCAUGAUUAAUUAUGUAAAAAACUUGGUGAACAAGUUAAAGACUUUGUAUAAAUAUACCUAAAGACUAGUGAACAAAACUGAGAGAAACUAUUUUACUUCUAUAGUUUUCUCCAAAUUUGUCAAGGCAGUUAACAGAGAAAAGAUAUCAGGAUCGCAUGAUCGUUAGCUAUGAAGAGAAAAUGUUGUCGAAAACAGAACUGAUUGAAGCAAUUAUACCAAAAACAAUAUGGUUUACCAAUGAGCAUGAUCUCAUGUUCUAGCUUAAUGGUGAUUCCAUAUCAAUCCACUGUAGGAUUCAGUUAGAAGCCAUAAGAGGAACGACUAAUAGCAUAUAAUCAUGUGUAUAUAAUUGAUUUUGACUGAAGUGGAUUCUUUAGGGGAAGGUCGGUGUUCUCAUAGCCAUGAGAUGAUUUUGAUUGUUGAAAAAUACAAUAUGUGGUGUUAUCCUUAUUUAUGUAGUGUAAUAAUUCUCAUCACAUGAUAAUAACAUUGUAAUCCAAUUUAAAAGUUGAAAAAUGAAAAAUGAUUAAUUCAACGAAAAUCAUUGAUAAAUGCAAGAGAACAAAAAUGACCUGAGAGAGUACUUGCUCUUCCUAUAAGCAUAUUAAGGAAAAAUGAGAUCUUGGAGAAAUGAGAUCUUGGAGAGAUCGAGUUAAAUAUGGAAAAUUGAUAUUUGCAUUAUAUUUACAUAGUGCUAAAUAAGUAGAUUUACCAUGAUUAAUUAUGUAAAAAACUUGGUCAACAAGUUAAAUACUUUGUAUAAAUAAACCUAAAGACUAGUGAACAAAACUGAGAGAAACUAUUUUACUUCUAUAGUUUCCUCCAAAUUUGUCAAGGCAGUUAACAGAGAAAAUAUAUCAAGAUCGCAUGAUCGUUAGCUAUGAAGAGAAAAUGUCGUCGAAAACAGAACUGAUUGAAGCAAUUAUACAAAAAACAAUAUGGUUUACCAAUGAGAAUGAUCUCAUGUUCUAGCUUAAUGGUGAUUCCAUAUCAGUCCACUGUAGGAUUUAGUUAGAAGCCAUAAGAGGAACAAUUAAUAGCAUAUAAUCAUACGUGUAUAUAAUUGAUUUUGACUGAAGUGGAUUUUUUAGGGGAAGGUCGGUGUUCUCAUAGCCAUGAGAUGAUUUUGAUUGUUGAAAAAUACAAUAUGUGGUGUUAUCCUUAUUUAUGUAGUGUAAUAAUUCUCAUCACAUGAUAAUAACAUUGUAAUCCAAUUUAAAAGUUGAAAAAUGAAAAUUGAUUAAUUCAACGAAAAUCAUUGAUAAAUGCAAGAGAACAAAAAUGACCUGAGAGAGUACUUGCUCUUCCUAUAAGCAUAUUAAGAAAAAAUGAGAUCUUGGAGAAAUGAGAUCUUGGAGAGAUCGAGUUAAAUAUGGAAAAUUGAUAUUUGCACUAUAUUUACAUAGUGCUAAAUAAGUAGAUUUACCAUGAUUAAUUAUGUAAAAAACUUGGUGAACAAGUUAAAUACUUUGUAUAAAUAAACCUAAAGACUAGUGAACAAAACUGAGAGAAACUAGUUUACUUAUAUAGUUUCCUCCAAAUUUGUCAAGACAGCUAACAUAGAAAAGAUAUCAGGAUCGCAUGAUCGUUAGCUAUGAAGAGAAAUGUCGUCGAAAACAGAACUGAUUGAAGCAAUUAUACCAAAACAAUAUGGUUUACCAAUGAGCAUGAUCUCAUGUUCUAGCUUAAUGGUGAUUCCAUAUCAGUCCACUGUAGGAUUCAGUUAGAAGCCAUAAGAGGAACGACUAAUAGCAUAUAAUCAUGUGUAUAUAAUUGAUUUUGACUGAAGUGGAUUCUUUAGGGGAAGGUCGGUGUUCUCAUAGCCAUGAGAUGAUUUUGAUUGUUGAAAAAUACAAUAUGUGGUGUUAUCCUUAUUUAUGUAGUGUAAUAAUUCUCAUCACAUGAUAAUAACAUUGUAAUCCAAUUUAAAAGUUGAAAAAUGAAAAAUGAUUAAUUCAACGAAAAUCAUUGAUAAAUGCAAGAGAACAAAAAUGACCUGAGAGAGUACUUGCUCUUCCUAUAAGCAUAUUAAGGAAAAAUGAGAUCUUGGAGAAAUGAGAUCUUGGAGAGAUCGAGUUAAAUAUGGAAAAUUGAUAUUUGCACUAUAUUUACAUAGUGCUAAAUAAGUAGAUUUACCAUGAUUAAUUAUGUACGAGUUAAAUAUUUUGUAUAAAUAAACCUAAAGACUAGUGAACAAAACUGAGAGAAACUAUUUUACUUCUAUAGUUUCCUCCAAAUUUGUCAAGGCAGUUAACAGAGAAAAGAUAUCAGGAUCGCAUGAUCGUUAGCUAUGAAGAGAAAAUGUCGUCGAAAACAGAACUGAUUGAAGCAAUUAUACCAAAAACAAUAUGGUUUACCAAUGAGCAUGAUCUCAUGUUCUAGCUUAAUGGUGAUUCCAUAUCAGUCCACUGUAGGAUUCAAUUAGAAGCCAUAAGAGGAACGACUAAUUGCAUAUAAUCAUGUGUAUAUAAUUGAUUUUGACUGAAGUGGAUUCUUUAGGGGAAGGUCGGUGUUCUCAUAGCCAUGAAAUGAUUUUGAUUGUUGAAAAAUACAAUAUGUGGUGUUAUCCUUAUUUAUGUAGUGUAAUAAUUCUCAUCACAUGAUAAUAACAUUGUAAUCCAAUUUAAAAGUUGAAAAAUGAAAAAUGAUUAAUUCAACGAAUAUCAUUGAUAAAUGCAAGAGAACAAAAAUGACCUGAGAGAGUACUUGCUCUUCCUAUAAGCAUAUUAAGGAAAAAUGAGAUCUUGGAGAAAUGAGAUCUUGGAGAGAUCGAGUUAAAUAUGGAAAAUUGAUAUUUGCAUUAUAUUUACAUAGUGCUAAAUAAGUAGAUUUACCAUGAUUAAUUAUGUAAAAAACUUGGUCAACAAGUUAAAUACUUUGUAUAAAUAAACCUAAAGACUAGUGAACAAAACUGAGAGAAACUAUUUUACUUCUAUAGUUUCCUCCAAAUUUGUCAAGGCAGUUAACAGAGAAAAUAUAUCAAGAUCGCAUGAUCGUUAGCUAUGAAGAGAAAAUGUCGUCGAAAACAGAACUGAUUGAAGCAAUUAUACAAAAAACAAUAUGGUUUACCAAUGAGAAUGAUCUCAUGUUCUAGCUUAAUGGUGAUUCCAUAUCAGUCCACUGUAGGAUUCAGUUAGAAGCCAUAAGAGGAACGAUUAAUAGCAUAUAAUCAUACGUGUAUAUAAUUGAUUUUGACUGAAGUGGAUUCUUUAGGGGAAGGUCGGUGUUCUCAUAGCCAUGAGAUGAUUUUGAUUGUUGAAAAAUACAAUAUGUGGUGUUAUCCUUAUUUAUGUAGUGUAAUAAUUCUCAUCACAUGAUAAUAACAUUGUAAUCCAAUUUAAAAGUUGAAAAAUGAAAAAUGAUUAAUUCAACGAAAAUCAUUGAUAAAUGCAAGAGAACAAAAAUGACCUGAGAGAGUACUUGCUCUUCCUAUAAGCAUAUUAAGAAAAAAUGAGAUCUUGGAGAAAUGAGAUCUUGGAGAGAUCGAGUUAAAUAUGGAAAAUUGAUAUUUGCACUAUAUUUACAUAGUGCUAAAUAAGUAGAUUUACAAUGAUUAAUUAUGUAAAAAACUUGGUGAACAAGUUAAAUACUUUGUAUAAAUAAACCUAAAGACUAGUGAACCAAACUGAGAGAAACUAGUUUACUUAUAUAGUUUCCUCCAAAUUUGUCAAGGCAGCUAACAUAGAAAAGAUAUCAGGAUCGCAUGAUCGUUAGCUAUGAAGAGAAAAUGUCGUCGAAAACAGAACUGAUUGAAGCAAUUAUACCAAAAACAAUAUGGUUUACCAAUGAGCAUGAUCUCAUGUUCUAGCUUAAUGGUGAUUCCAUAUCAGUCCACUGUUGGAUUCAGUUAGAAGCCAUAAGAGGAACGACUAAUAGCAUAUAAUCAUGCGUGUAUAUAAUUGAUUUUGACUGAAGUGGAUUCUUUAGGGGAAGGUCGGUGUUCUCAUAGCCAUGAGAUGAUUUUGAUUGUUGAAAAAUACAAUAUGUGGUGUUAUCCUUAUUUAUGUGGUGUAAUAAUUCUCAUCACAUGAUAAUAACAUUGUAAUCCAAUUUAAAAGUUGAAAAAUGAAAAAUGAUUAAUUCAACGAAAAUCAUUGAUAAAUGCAAGAGAACAAAAAUGACCUGAGAGAGUACUUGCUCUUCCUAUAAGCAUAUUAAGGAAAAAUGAGAUCUUGGAGAAAUGAGAUCUUGGAGAGAUCGAGUUAAAUAUGGAAAAUUGAUAUUUGCACUAUAUUUACAUAGUGCUAAAUAAGUAGAUUUACCAUGAUUAAUUAUGUACGAGUUAAAUACUUUGUAUAAAUAAACCUAAAGACUAGUGAACAAAACUGAGAGAAACUAUUUUACUUCUAUAGUUUCCUCCAAAUUUGUCAAGGCAGUUAACAGAGGAAAGAUAUCAGGAUCGCAUGAUCGUUAGCUAUGAAGAGAAAAUGUCGUCGAAAACAGAACUGAUUGAAGCAAUUAUACCAAAAACAAUAUGGUUUACCAAUGGGCAUGAUCUCAUGUUCUAGCUUAAUGGUGAUUCCACAUCAGUCCACUGUGGGAUUCAGUUAAAAGCCAUAAGAGGAACGACUAAUUGCAUAUAAUCAUGUGUAUAUAAUUGAUUUUGACUGAAGUGGAUUCUUUAGGGGAAGGUCGGUGUUCUCAUAGCCAUGAGAUAAUUUUGAUUGUUGAAAAAUUCAAUAUGUGGUGUUAUCCUUAUUUAUGUAGUGUAAUAAUUCUCAUCACAUGAUAAUAACAUUGUAAUCCAAUUUAAAAGUUAAAAAAUGAAAAAUGAUUAAUUCAACGAAAAUCAUUGAUAAAUGCAAGAGAACAAAAAUGACCUGAGAGAGUACUUGCUCUUCCUAUAAGCAUAUUAAGAAAAAAUGAGAUCUUGGAGAAAUGAGAUCUUGGAGAGAUCGAUUUAAAUAUGGAAAAUUGAUAUUUGCACUAUAUUUACAUAGUGCUAAAUAAGUAGAUUUACCAUGAUUAAUUAUGUAAAAAACUUGGUGAACAAGUUAAAUACUUUGUAUAAAUAAACCUAAAGACUAGUGAACAAAACU